AUGCGUAUAGCGGCAGAUGGAAUCACAGCAUGCCUGCAGCGCAAGGGUUCUCUCUUUCAGGAUCACUACCGACGGCCAUUAUCCUUUAUUCAAUGGAAAGAGAAGACACCACCACUGGCAGCGUCCGAUCACGAGACAAUUACCGUGACCAACCCCGCUAACGGGAAACAGUUGUGCACUGUCGACGCAGCAUCGAUCGAAGAGGUCGAAUGGGCUGUGUCUCAUGCCCAGGCCACAUUUGACUCUGGGAUAUGGUCAAAGGCUUCGUCAAUGCAUCGCUCGUCUGUCCUGUCACGGCUAGCAGACUCUCUUCAGCGGUGCAUCCCUGACAUGGCCCGAAUUGAGACUAUGCAAACAGGGAGGCCUAUCCGGGAAAUGAAAGCACAAAUGGCUCGACUUCCAGACUGGCUGUACUAUUACGCAGCACUCCUACGCACGAACCAAGGAUUCGUUGCCCCUACUCAAGGGAAGCUGCUUAAUUACAUUCAACGCGUCCCUCUGGGAGUUGUGGCACAGAUUACUCCAUUUAAUCAUCCUCUUUUUAUUGCUAUCAAGAAGCUUGCCCCAGCUCUUGCUGCGGGAAAUAGCGUCAUUGUCAAGCCAUCUGAGCUUACCCCCGUAUCCCUGCUAGAGUUUGCAAACAUAACUCAGGAAGUUGGUCUUCCUGACGGAGUUUUGACUAUCCUCCCUGGCUAUGGCCACACCACGGGGAGGCAACUCGCAUCUCAUUCACUCGUUCGAAAGGUCGACAUUACAGCUGGCACUCAGACUGGCCGGGCUCUAGGAGCUAUCGUUGGCUCGAACCUGGCGGCCUUUACAGCCGAGCUGGGAGGAAAGGCCCCGAUACUUAUCUUCGAUGAUGCGGAUGUUAUUUCUGCCGUCAAUGGGGUUGCAUUUGCAGCGUUCGUUGCAUCCGGCCAAACAUGCAUAUCGGGAACCCGCAUCAUCAUACAAGAAAAUAUUUAUGAAUCUUUCAUGACGGCGUUCCUGAAGAAAGUUGAGAGUAUCACGCAGCAGAUGGGUAACCCGAUGGACAAAAGAUGCUCUAUGGGCUCCGUCAUCUCUCCCCGCCACCUGGAUAGAAUUGAUGGCAUGGUUGCGCGACGGCAGUCCGGCACAAUCUUAACGGGUGGAAAGCGAAUGAUGGGGAAGUCGUCCCUGGACGAUUUCGAUUUCUCUCUUGGGAAUUUCUACCCGCCCACCGUGAUCUCUGAUGUUGAUGUCAAUCAUGAGUUAUGGCAAGAAGAAAUAUUCGGCCCUGUGGUGGUCGUGAAGAAGUUCUCUACUGAAUUAGAGGGUGUGAGACUUGCUAAUGCUUCCAAGUACGGACUGGGAGCGGGAGUCUGGACUCAAAAUCUGUCAAGAGCACAUCGUGUUGCUGCUGACAUAGACGCUGGUCUUGUUUGGGUCAACACACAUCACCGCAACGAUCCCAGCUCUCCAUGGGGUGGCAUGAAGGAGAGUGGCAUAGGUCGGGAAAAUGGUAUCGAGGCAUUGGAAGCUUACUCUCAGAGCAAAUCAAUCAUCGUCAAUGUGGCGCCGCCCGAUGAGUCCCGACAAACUGACGAUUGGUUUAGUGGAGAACAGAGGAGAUACGGGUAA